AUGUUUACUGCUCUGUUUCAGCUUGAUGAUGGCAACUCUGAUAAUGAAGAUGGAGACAAGGAGGGGUUUACCACAACAGACUUGAGUGGACUUUUUAAUCAUACAACUCUUAGGAAUUAUGCUGCAAAGAUCAAAGAGGAGAUUCCUGAAAAUGUCUUGCAACAAUAUCGAUUCCAGAUUGUCAGAUGGCUGGAAGAUAGAGAAAGUAAAAUGGAGGAAACUUUGACCAUCGCCCAUUUCUGUGAUUGGUUAAUGAACAAGGGUGUGUCUCGAGAUGAUGCUAUUAAGGCAUUCCAGCAGUUUGAUGUGGAUGGUAGUGGCGUUGUGGAGGUGGACACAGUCUUAGAGACUGUAAAGUCAAUUAAUGGACCAAACAUUCUCGGUGAACUUGGGCGUAGCAUCCGCAUGCUUCAGGCAUGCUCCCUUGUCCCUGGAUUUGUAGAUGUAUAUUCUGGUGAUAAAAAUGCUGUUAAACACCACUCUGAGAGGAUACUAAAGUAUCUGCUGCGUAACAGAUCCCCAAGUCUGAGUUUGCCUUUCCCCUACCUCAAUGGAUUCAACAACACUACAAGCAUGAGGAACUCCGUACUCAAGUCAACCUUCAAAAGUCUGAAAGAAUUAGCCCAGAUGGGUGGACAGGCAUCUCUAGGAUCAGGGGAGGAAGUACGGACCAUCAGUCCAUGUCACACUAGUAUAGAAGUGUCAUCCAACACCGCAGAUGUUUACAGAAUCACAAAUGGUGACCCCAACACAUUCUGGCAGUCAGAUGGGUCAGCUCGCUCCCACUGGAUGAGACUACACAUUAAACACAAUGUGGUGAUAAAGAGCCUGUCCAUCUCCGUGGCCUCGUCGGACUCCAGCUACAUGCCUGAGGUGGUAUCUAUUGCUGGAGGUAAAAGUUACAGGGGCCUCCGACCUAUCAAGGAAGUACGGAUACCCAGUCACAUUACAGGAGAAUUUCUAUUAUUAAAGAAUGCAAAGAUGUACUAUCCAAUAAUCCAGAUCAACAUAAAAAAAUGUAGAAAUGAUGGCUGUGACACGAGGAUCCACGGAAUCAAAACAGUGGGAUACAAGGUGAUACGAGAGGCCAGUGUUAGUGUGGCUGACGCAGCAGCUAUCUGGUACCUACAAAUCCUAGCCACCACAGUAACCAUGACUAUGCCACUGGCCCCAAAUCUCAGACCCUCCAUUUUGGAUCACACACGAAAAGCACUAAGCCACAUUCCACCUCUGUCCUUGUGUCCAGCUAGUGGAGAAAGGCCCCAGUUUCUCAGCAAGUUUGUCCUACAGGAAGUAGAGAAGUUUGUCACAGACAUUGCUUUGCAUGAAGGACAUGUGAUUCCGGAGGGUCUACAGAUGUUGCUGUCAUUCAACCUUGCUAGGGGAAAUGUUGGCGGUCUUCUCCGCACACUCAAACUUCUUCAAGAAGAUCCAGAAACCAUUCAGCCUUGUACAAAGCUGCUGAACAAAAUGUAUCAGGCCAGAGAUUUAUGUUGGGAGAAAUCAGGUCACCCACUACAGGUGAGUCUGGCAGGUACAGAUGGAGGACAGACUGACGCCAACUCCAGUGCAGAAAAUGUCCUAAAUCAAGCGUGGAGCUCUCCACCAGUUCAGACUUCCUACCUGUCAGCUGAAGGUCACACAAAGGUCAAUAUGAUAUUCAAGUCUUCAGAGUAUGUUCAGCUUACAAGACUUAGGAUCAAGGUUGUAAGUGGGAUGAAAGGAGCGAGACGUGGCUUUGUCUUCGUGUAUAGAGACAGCAAGGAGUUUGAGAUGGCCUCCCAGAUAGAUCGGUUUCAGGCCUAUGACAACUGGGGCAGGAUAGACUAUGAAUUUUGUGUACAAGUCAGAAAUGCUAGAAAAAUUGGUAAACCAGACAACCCGGUGGCCUACUUUACUUUUGAGGAUGAUUGUGAUGAGGUGGAAAUACCUGUGUCUUGGCAUCCUGUCGGUCAGUAUAUUCUGGUUAAGUUCCUGGAGCCAAGGCAUGAGAGUGCAAACAAGAUUGGUGUGAUUGGAAUAAAGUUCUAUGGCUUUAUACGAAAGUCAGUUCUCGUGGAUGAUGAUGAAUCUAAGGUACGACAUGCCCCCAGUUUGGAGAGGACCUGCACCAGUCUAGAUAUCAUACAGUGUGUAUUGGAAUUCCUGGUGGAUCUUUCACAGGAUCAGGCAUCCAAACGAGGAAUAUCAGCAGGUCGUCCAGAGUACCUGGAGUUCACUGACACACCUCUGGACACCAUUUGGGAGCUUUACAACUCCUUCAGAGAAAGGCCUGGGGAAAAGUGGCAGACAUGUGCCUUAUUGACCCUGCAGCUGUUGUACUGUCUACUGCCCACAAUGUCCUCCUUGUCUGGGGAGAGAAAGGUUGCUGCAGAAGCCUUGUUUCAGCACCUUUGUAAAGUCAUUGAUGGACCAGAGAAGGAUGAGAGUCCCAAACUGUACAAGCUUUGUCGUCAACUCAUCAUAGAUGGUGCUGCUGUAUUCUUUCCUGACAAAGACACAAGAAGGAAGCAGUUAUUUAGUAUGAUGCAGAAUGUUGAGAGUCUCUCUGAGGCACCAUCGGUGAUGCUGGUGUUCCAGUCUCUGUGUCAAUUCUUCAGCUCUGUUGAUCCCAGUGGACUUCUUGACCUCCCCAAAACUCCAUCAGAUGUGUUGACAUUUCACAUUGACCCAGUGCUGGAAAUAAUGGAGACAAUGAUAAACGUCACAUUCCACGAGUUUUGUCUGAUGAUGGAGCGGGGACACAGCCAUGAACAGGUUGUGCAUCUUCUCCAGCUUGUGUCUUCACUACAGACGUCUCUUCUGGCUUGGGCAUGGUCACAGAUGGCUCCUGAUGAAGUUGACAGUGCCAAGACAACUCCCAACAACAUGGCAGAUAUCAAGUCUGUCUGUUCUCAGGUCGCCACUCAGUAUUCUGGCUUCGUCGCAGAUAGGGCUACUGAAGCAUGUAAACUGAUGCAGAAAAAGAAUGUGGAGAAAGUAGUGAGUGAAACGGAGCUGAUUGGACCUGCUGAAACUUCUCUCCUUGGCACAGUUGUGAGGCAGUUGGUAUUGACCUUGACCUACUUGUGUGAUUACUGUGACUCGGAAUCACGAGUUGUGCUGAUACAGAAGUUCCAGCCGUUGGCCCAGGAAUUGCAAAAACUUGCCAGUUCACUUCCCACACUUUUCCCCAAUAUCAGCAGUGAACACUGGGAUACAGUCCAGACAGAGGACAUUGUACUCAGGACUUGGGAGGUAGAAUCUUCACACAGCUACGAGAAUAAUCAACACCUUACUCAGGUUUUCAGCUGCCCCGGUGCUGAUAAAUUCAUGGUGGACUUUGACACCAGAUGUGAAACAGAGCGAAGGUAUGACUACUUAGUAUUUACUGAUGCUAAAGGCUUACAAAUGAGGUUUGACCAGAAAGUCGGCACACCCAAGUGGCCACGUCAGAUCAAUUUCAGUGGGCCACACCUCCACUUCCUGUUUCACUCAGACAGCAGUAACACAGAGUGGGGAUAUAAAUUUAAAGUGACGGCGAGGGGUAGCCCUGACAUUCCCUUAUCAUGGCCUUUUGAUCUUCAGCUCAGCCUUACAAAGAUGCUUGGUCGAAUGUGUGGAUGUACACUCAACUCCCACCCAUAUUCUGACAAAGACCCUCUGAUGAAUGCGGAGGAGACAGCAGAACAGGAUGUACUCAGGAGUGAGUUGUGGACAACAUUGUUCAGAGGAGGUUAUAUGGUCGGCAAGAUACAAAGAUCUCUCUCAGGAAAAUUUGUAACAGAAGAUAGUGGAGGACAUGUUCUGGAAUUUCUGUGGAAGCUUGUCAACAGAGAAGAAGAUCUACCCGCAAAAUUUCUUGAUAAGUGUAAGGAGGUCAGUAAGUGUCUCCAGGUGGGAGGUGAUGCUGUGGAAUCAGCUGUGGUGGCUGUGUUUGCUGCACUUGUAUGGCACACACAACAGCUGAGGGAAGACCUCAGUAAAUAUGUGGAGGCUAAUGGGGAGGCAGUUAUCAGUGACGGCAUCCAUCAGGCUUACACGGCUGCAGAGACACUCCGAAUGCAACUGCUUACAUUACGUCAGCGUGCUCUCACUAAUAAUGAGAAGAAGAAUGAGGACGCAGAUGAUCCAGGUACUUUAUGUAGAGACAAGGCUCUGUUCCUCCUCAAGUUUGCUGGUCUCACCAAGGUUCAACUCAAAAAUGAGCUGAGGUCUAAAGCAACAAAGCAAUGGAAGAAACUGUCCAAUCGCAAGUCGGAAAAAGUGUUGAAAGGGCUGGAUGGCUCAGACAAGUACCCAUCAUUCCGAUUGGUGCUGGAGUUUGUACAGGACCCUGCGUGGACCACAGAAAGAGUGAAUCGUAUCCUACAUGAACGGUCCCAACAUGCCAAGGCAGUAUCUGACAUCUACACGUUUGUAGCUGAGUUCAUCAGGAUUCACCAGUGUACGGAUGUCACCCACCCCUUCCAGAUCCCCGUCGUGUUAUUCCUACAGGAGGUGUUAUCAUAUCAGGAUGGCUUUAGUAAACACUAUGCAGAUAGUCUAGAUGGAUGUGGUCUACAGCAGGAGGCACGUGUAAGACAGGCUUACUACCUCCUGGUUCGCAGACUCACAGAACCUUUCCACAGAAUGCACCGCCAUGAUCUCAACAGGAAAAUUGCUCCAGCAUAUGAAUAUGUCCAAGCCUGUUUACUACACCUCUUAGACAUGGAAUGGCAGCCGUAUGAUCUGAUGUUUGUCACUGAGGUAAAACUUCCAGCCCUCUUCCUGAGCAUCGCUAAAGAAACAGUAAAGAUGCGGGACUGUACCCUCAGCCAGGAAGAGGAUGAGAAGGAUAUCCGCUAUUACGAACAGUGCAUGGCAUGGUUUGAGGAAUGUGAGAGUGGCUUUGAUCAGUGGUACAAUGGCAACAAAAUGGACCAUGGCUCCCGAGAGAACAGAAAGGCUGUCCAGAUGUUUGUGGCAAGAUUUUGUGACCUUCUGGACGUAGAAGUGAGCUGUGACGGCUGCUCUGUGACCCUCCCUGGUCGGCGGUACCGAUGCCUACAGUGUGUAGAUAUGGACUUGUGUGCCACUUGCUACGCUGGUGGGGUGAAACCAGAAGGAGAUCACACAGAUGAACAUGACAUGGUCCAUCUGGUGUACAAGUGUAACAAGUGUCAGGCCUUUAUAGUUGGUACCAGAAUCCAUUGUAAUGAAUGUGAUGACUUUGACCUCUGUCUCGGCUGCCACUCAAAGGGCAAAUUUCCCUCGGAACACACAACAAGUCAUGAUAUCACAAAGUUUCCAAUGAUCAAAUUGCGGCCAUCACAAGACUCGGACUCCCUGAUCCAGGCCUACAUUCACCAACAUGUCUGGUUACUGUUCACGGUAUUGGCCCUGUCUACUGGCGACAUCAUUCACACAGAUAGCCCCAACAGUAUGGUAGACUCUGACUACGUCAAGCUGGCUGCCAACCUACAACAGGAGUGUAUUGAGAUUGUAACCCACUGUCUCCAACAGGUCCCAGACGAUGCUGAAGACAGUACCAAGGAAGUGUUACAGGGCGGCCUACUUCGCUUGGAGACCAGACAGGAGCAGGCUUUUGCCAUUCAUUCCCAGGAGAGGAUCAUGGGAUUGCUUGGUGCAAUGAUUCCACAAGAUCACAAGAUCUUGUCAACUGGAGUUACAUAUAACUUCACCACGGAUCAAUUCAUACAUCUGCUGUUCAAGAUUGCCAAAGGGGAGAGUGGACAUGAGGUGAACACUCGACACCUAGCCAUGGGACUGCUCGGCCCACUGCUUACAAAGUGUUCCCCAAAGGUUGCUGAUGAUUCAGUGAAGUCUACACAAGGUGCAGUCACAAAAUUGGAAAACUACAUUGAGGGACAAAGGACUAUCAAAUACCUCUUUUCUUUUGGUGCAGAUUGCCUUGAAAAGUGUGGACUUGAGUGGGCGUGUUCUGUGGCGAGGAUACUUCAGAAUCUAUACAGUUCCUCUGAUUGGCGGUCCGUCAUCCAUCACCACUUGACCACCUGUGUACAGUCAUUGACGGCUCUGCUAGACUUACCUUCCAUCUUUGCUCUGUUUGUAAUGGCUGGAUUCCCAGAGGUGCUGACCAUAGGAACGCUUGUCCAGUAUAACCAUAUGGAUAUGGAGAAGAAGAAGGGAGUGGUUCUGAAACACUAUCCGGACAAAUACCAGACCCUCAUUAUAGAUAUUAAAACUAGAAAACGUCACACGGUGCAGGACAAAUUUGUUGACUGCCUUUCAUUGGUAGCAGACACAUGGGACACAGAUCAUGUGACAUUGUUUAUCAACACAAUCCAGACUAUUGUUGGAAAAAUAAGAGCAGAAGAAAAAGUGUUACUUGAGACGGUCUGGGUGCUAUCCCUGUGUCUCAAGGUUCUUAACAACAAUGUCAAGUCUAUGGAGAACUGUAUGGUGGAGAAUCUGUUUGAGUCUGGGUUUAUACAAUGUCUGGUGCACCUGGCAAGUAAAGGCACAGAGUUCAGUCAGCAGUGGCUCCUCAAGGAUCUAGAGGUGCUGUCUUUGAUGUUAUACACAAACGAAGGAGUCGGCGCAUCUCACAAACGUAGCAAAGCCUUAUCCUACCCUGAACAGCUUGCUGCUGCUUUAGAGAAACGUACAAAAGCAAAGCGGUGUUCCACAGAAAAGGAGUUUCUAAACGAUAGUGACAAUGACAAUAUGUCCUACCUUUCAUCAACUUCAUCCUCCUCAAGCUUUAACAGCGGACCAGACAGCAGUGAUGAUGAGACAGAAACAACAAAUAUCAAUGACACAUUCCCUGACCUUGACCAGAGGACAAAGGUCAUGUUUGAGACAUUACACAGCGACCUGAAGGUGCCGUAUGAUGUCCUACGAGCUAUAUUUGACAUGCAUGAUAAGAAUCCUGAUGAUGUAGUGAAGGCCAUAGUAGAGAAUCUAGAAAAUUCACCGAUGACAGUUAAAGAAGACAUCAAAAGACUCAGCCAGAAAUGGGAGUCUAUUGCACACACAAAAAGCCCAGAGGUUACCCAAAUCACCAAUGUCACAGACAAGGUCAUCGAUACUGGAAUACAUUACCACCCAGUCAUGAAGCAGACAGAGAGGGUGAUAGAGAAAGCCACAGAAGAGAGUGGAGAAACACAGAAACUGAUUCGAGCUCCUGACAAUGACAUAGAGGAUGACAUCCAAAAACAGCAGCGUACAAAAAGUGCUGAACUACUGAAACAGGAGCUGGAAAAGCAGGGGAAGGCAGGCUCCACUGACUACCUGUUCAAAGUCAACAUGGCCAUGUCUGUCCUGUACGCCCGUCAAGUUCUUAUUAGUCUCCUGGCCCAAUGGCCUGAUACUGGGCAUGUCAUUUCAGCACAAUUGCUGGGCUGCAAGGAUGUGCAACAGAUUCCAUGCAUUCUCGAUCUCCUCAACAAGAUGGAGAGCAGGGAUUGCUUCCAGAAGGUCGUUGAGAAGGUAAUUCGUAACUGUGAGACAGACAGUCUAGUGCCCAUUGCCAGUACAGCGGGACAGUUUAUGGAGGAGGUCACUUUGUCCUCCAUUACCCAUGAGUCGGAACACAACUCUCGACACAUUAGUGAUAUCAAAAAGUCAAUCCAGUUACCAGGUGCAUCCUACCUCCAGGUGACAUUCGACAGUAGGUGUGCGGUACGAGACACUGAUGAUGUCUUGGUUUUCUCCUCCUCCUCCAACAUGGAUGUAAACAAACAUGAAUUCACUGGCCCUGCAAAUUCCAUCUGGGCCAACAUCAGAAUACCAGGUGAUACUCUAUACUAUAGCUUCAAGAGUAGCAGGGAAGUUCUGGUGCGAGUGCCAGUAUGGGGUUACAAGUUCACAGUGACUGCUGGUACACGAGACAGUUUUGAAACAGGAUAUGCCAUUCUUAAUAGAGUUCUUUCUACAAACUUAGCCUUAUCCCUGCCACUCAGUGACCUGUGGCAGAUCCUGGUAUAUGUGGCAACCAAACAAACAGGAAGUCAACGGCUAAAGGCUGUCCAACUUCUUCUGAAGAUUGUCAGCACUCAACACAAGACGGCGACCAGCUCCAAACUGACACUUGACCUCAGCCUGCUGAAACCAUUAUGGCAACUGUACAACCAAAUGACAAAACAGGAAGUGGACAGUAAUAUAGUGCUGCCCCCUGUUGUCAGGGCCUUGACAGAGCUCUUCCUUCAGGUGGAGUCCCUAGCCAUGGAAUGGGACAUGGUGACGGAGUACCUACUUGCAAUACAGGAUAUUGAUGAGAUUCGCAAGGUGAUACGACAGGGGAUAAUGAACGUAGCUGCUGUGAGUUGUAUGAUUGGUUACUAUAACUCAGCUGUGGAACUUGUGACUGUCAUGAAGAAAAAGAAGACAACAACAGCAGUCUCUCCACAUAGUGCAGCGACAGGCACAUCCACAGUGAACAAACUUAAAGGAGAUAAAAACCAGGAUGUGGAUUUAUAGUAAACAAGUGUAAACAGUGUCAAACAGUCUGUUUUGGUGUUAAACUUCGUAACUGUGAUCUUCCAAAAUAAAACUGAUAUCUACCAUGUUGUAAACCAAUACAAGUAACAGUGAAGCUUGAAGGCUGUGGACUGGGAUGGAGGGAGGAUUGUUUCCAUGGUGAAGCAUGAAGUCUGUGGACUGGGAUGGAGGGAGGAUUGUUUCCAUGGUGAAGCUUGGAGGCUAUGGACUGGGAUGGAGGGAGGAUUGUUACUAUGGUGAAGCAUGGAGGCUGUGGACUGGGAUGGAGGGAGGAUUGUUACUAUGGUGAAGCUUGGAGGCUAUAGACUGGGAUGGAGGGAGGAUUGUUACUAUGGUGAAGCUUGGAGGCUGUGGACUGGGAUGUCGGAAGGAUUGUCUCCAUGGUGAAGCUUGGAGGCUAUAGACUGGGAUGUCGGGAGGAUUGUUACUAUGGUGCAGCUUGGAGGCUGUGGACUGGGAUGUAGGGAGGAUUGUCUCCAUGGUGAAGCUUGGAGGCUGUGGACUGGGAUGUCGGGAGGAUUGUCUCCAUGGUGAAGCUUGGAGGCUGUGGACUGGGAUGUCGGGAGGAUUGUCUCCAUGGUGAAGCUUGGAGGCUGUGGACUGGGACUUAAUCUGUCCUUUGUUUGUGAGACAUUUGUAGUUCUAGUCAAUGCAUCAUCAAAAUUUGUUUUAAAAUGUGAAAUUACAUCUCAGCUUGAGUUUUCCCAAAGCUGAAGUCAACUCCCAAGAUAGAAAAUUGCUGCACUAGAAUCAGAAUAUCUUGGUACCUCGUCCACAUCCACACUCAAAGCUUUGUUACUGGAAAUUUGUGAACAUAGUAUCCACUGAUUAAUGUACUAAACAAGACAUAAAACUCUACAGCUUGAAGCUGUUGUGCAUUUGGUACAAGAGAGAUUGUUUAUGACCAGGAAAGGUCGGCUUAGGUAAAUACAAAAUGUCAAAUUCUGCAGCUGUCAAUGGAGGGUGCAACACCAGUAAUGUAUUUCUGCACACUUAAAAUUUAGUGAGAAGAAAGGAAUUUGAUUUACAUUUCUGUACCUUCAAGCUGAUGUAGGAUGUGGUAGACUGGAACUAGAUUAUCAAUAAAUCUUCAUAAUUACAAUCCAUUUCAUAAAUUAUUUAUAGAAUGUUUUGAUUUAAGGCUGUAUUGUAAUAAGACUAGAUUAACAGGAUUGAUUUGAUGUAUUGAAACUUAGCCAAAGAUAUGUAAAAGCUUUUGUGUUCUAGCAAAAUUCAUUAGACAGAAAAAAGCAGCUGUUUAAAAGAUGAUGCAGUUUUAAUGUUUUUAAUGUGGAGUGCUUACAUGCUCUAUAUACGCUGAUAUUAUAAUAAUAUCUCUUACUAGAAUACUCUCAUUUCCUGUGGAAAUUGGUAUGAAUAGUAGCUUUGAUUUUGUGUUGAAGUUGAAUCAUUUGAGGUUUGUAUUUUGUUGAAUUGAUGAUAUAAGAUGAUAACUUAUUAGGUAUCUAAUAAUAUAUCUAUUGUUAAGUAUUGUUAUCAUCUGAUGAAGUGUUUGGACACAUCAAGUUGUGAAUUAACAUCAGUAUCUGUGUGUGGGAUGUGGAAUAUCCCUCUCUUGUAAGAUUUGAUGCCCCAAUACAUGAAGUAUUGCUGCUGUAGGAUAUGUCUUUGGAAUCAAAGAUUUUGUCAGAGAAGGGAACAAAGUAGCAUGACUGAAGAAGGUCAUUUUCAUGUGGUUAGAUUGUCCAUCUUACAUUUAGGUCCCUGGUUGGAAUUUCAUUGUGUUUUCUGUGACAGUAGCUAGGAAGAUUAUUUAAGAUAUCCCAAAUUUGUACUCCAGCAUAUUUCCUUUGACUAUAGGUCUCUUGCUUGACACACAGCUACAACUUUGCCAACUGUUGUGUCAGUGUUUAUCAGUCCAUACGUUAGAAAUUAUAAAGUACUUUCAUAUUGUGUGUACAAACUUUGUAGUAUGUCUUACAUACUUGUGUUAUAUACAUUUGUACAAUACCUACAUCUGUACAUACAUCUGUAUUUAUAUUUGUAUAAAUAUUUAAUAAAAUUUUAUGUAUGAUAAA